UAACUCCUACCAUACUCAAAUCUCAAGAAAUCCAACUGAAUUUACAAGAUAAACCAACAACCCAACUAAAUUUACAAGAUAAACUAACAAAAAAACGUAAAAGACAAACUACCGUAAAAGAAAAAAAUAUAUUAGAUUCCAUUUGUGAAGGUGAUUCCAUGCCUACAGAUAAUAAAAUUAAUAAUAUAUUAACAGAACUUAAUACAAUUUCGUCUAAUUGA